CCUAUCAAGUAUUGCUAUUACUAAAGACUGCCCCACAACCCGCAUGAGAGUCCCAUCUCGCAUACCGUUUUUUCACCGAAUGAAUCCGAACUAUCCGCAUCGUCCGCUGCCGCUGGGAGUAGUGCAUCUACUGGGGCUCCUUACACCGCCCCUCUUCAAGCCGCACCACCCACCAGGACAUCACCAUCCACCAGGACAUCACCACCCACCUGGACAUCACCACCCGCCAGGACAUCACCACCCACCUGGACACCACUACCCGCCAGGACAGCACCACCCGCCAGGACAUCACCACCCGCCAGGACAUCACCACCCACCUGGACAUCACCACCCGCCAGGACAUCACCACCCACCUGGACACCACUACCCGCCAGGGCAUCACCAUCCGCCAGGACAUCAUCAUCCGCCGGGACCUUACCAUCCGCCUGGACAUCACCAUCCACCAGGGCACUGUUCCCCAGGACACUAUCCACCAGGACACUAUGGCGGUCCCCAGCUGAGAAAAUAAACAAAUAGUGGCUGUUGAAAAAUCCAAGCAUUUUUUCUCGAAGAUCAUGAC